AUGGCAGCCGGAUAUCUUCUAGUCACCGGAGCGAACAGCUAUGUAGCUGGCCAUGUCAUAAAGCUAGCUUUGGAAAAGGGAUACAAGAUCCGGGGAACUGUUCGAUCCAAGUCGUCGGGUGACAGGCUUCUUGCCAGCUUCCCAGAGGCCGGAGACAAGCUUAUAUACGAUGUUGUACCAGACAUCACGAAGACUGAGUCGUACGACACCAGUUUUGAGGACAUCACGGGCGUGGUCCAUCUUGCCUCGCCAUUCAAUUUUCACCCAAAUGACAUCGCCACGGACCUUCUCGAACCUGCGAGGGCCGGGUCUCUUGCAAUUCUUGAGGCAAUCAAGAAGUACGGCCCGUCUGUCGAGCGAAUUGUGGACAUUUCGUCUUUCGCAUCAGUGGUUGAUACGUCAAAGGGCAUGCGCCCGGGAUACGUCUACUCGGAGAAAGACUGGAACCCCAUGACCUGGGAGGAGGCUACCAAAGCUGAUCCUGUCACGGCCUACUGUGCGUCUAAAGCAAUUGCUGAGCGGGCCAUGUGGGAUUGGAUGGAGAGACACAAGGACUCUAUCAAAUUUGCACUGACAACAAUUACUCCCCCAUGGGUAUUUGGCCCAUAUGUGAGCCAAAUCGACAGCGUUGAUCACCUGAAUGAGUCCUUGAAGCUGCUUUGGAACCUUGUCGGUGCUGAGUCUGUACCACCGACAGACUUCGCUGGUUUCAUCGACGUUAGAGACCUGGCCAAGGCUAUCAUCACUGCCCACGAGACACCUGAAGCUGCAGGGCAAAGGUUCCUAACCGGAUCCAAGUUCUCGUACCAGAUCGCCGCCGACACUAUCAGGAAGGAAUUUCCGGAACUUGGUGCAAAGGUACCAGAAGGAAAUCCUGGAAGCGGUGAAGUGGAGGAUACCUAUAAACUGGAUGCCAGCAAGGCUAAAAACACACUGGGACUAAAGUUCACUCCGGUGUAUACGACAAUCAAGGAUUCGUUCACACAGAUAGUGAAGACAUUGUAG